AUGGUCCCAAAUGACAGAAACCAGUACAUGGGAAUUAUCCAAUUGCUUCUGCACUUUGGCUGGACAUGGGUAGGUCUUUUGACAGGAGAUGAUGAUAGCGGAAAAUAUUUCUUGAAAACCAUAGAAGUCUUGUUUUCCAAGUAUAGAAUCUGUUCAGCCUUCAUUCAGGUGUUCCCACGCCAUGGUCGUGUCUUUUCCCAAACUGAUAUGGGUAAAUUUGGAAAUCUCCAAGUCUCUAUUAUGGAUCAGAGGGCCAGAGCACUUGUCAUCUAUGGUGAUGUUAUGAAUCUUAUGUGGUUAAAUACCUUUAGUACUCUUCUAGUUUCUGAAACCACGUAUUUUGGAAAGGUGUGGAUCAUGACAGCCCAGAUGGAAUUUGCAGUCACAGGUGUGACUAGACGGAUGGAUUAUCAAAUGUUCCAAGGUGCCAUGUCCUUCACAAUUCAUUCCAAUGAACCUCAGGAAUUCCAGCUGUAUCUUCAGAAGAUAAACCCAUACCAACCUCAAGGAGAUGGUUUUGUCCAGUUGUUCUGGGAACAUGUUUUUGAAUGUUCAUUUCCAAAUUCUGAGGAGUUGUUGGAGGAGGAUGAAUUAUGUACUGGGAAGGAGAACCUGGAGAAGCCUCCUCAGUCUGUUUUUGAAGUGAGGAUGAGUGGACACAGCUACAGUAUCUACAAUGCUGUCUAUGCAGUAGCCCAUGCUCUCCACGCAAUGCACUCAUCAAAGACCAGACACAGAGCAAGAAUGGGUGAGAAAAGACUUGACUUUCAAGACAUGCAACCUUGGCAGCUACAUGCAUUUCUUCGUGACAUUUCAUUCAACAACUCAGUUGGAGAGAAUAUAUAUUUUAAUGAUAGAAGGGAAAUGGUUGCUGCCUUGGAUAUCAUGCACAUGAUUUUAUUUCCAAACAACUCCUUCCAUAAAGUCAGAAUUGGGCAGGUGAAAUCAAUGGCUUCUGAAGGAAAACAAGUCUUCAUAGAUGAUGAAAUGAUUCAGUGGCCCAGAACCUUUAAUCAGGUAUGUCCUAUUUCUGUGUGCAGUGAUUCAUGCCAGCCAGGGUUUCAGAAGCAAAAGAAGGAAGGGGAGAAAUUUUGUUGCUAUGAUUGCUUGCCCUGUCCAGAAGGAAAGAUCUCCAACAAGACAGACAUGGAUGAAUGUAUCCAGUGCCUAGAUGAUCAAUAUCGAAGCCUGAGCAAUGAUAGCUGCUUCCCCAAAAUAAUCACCUUUCUUUCCUAUGAAGAACCAUUGGGAAUGAGUUUAGUCUCAAUUGUUCUUUGUUUUUCACUCAUCACAGCCUUGGUGUUUACUACUUUUAUUAUAUACAGAGACACUGCCAUAGUCAAAGCAAAUAACCGAGAACUCACUUAUACUCUUCUUUCCUCCCUCCUGCUUUGCUUCCUCUGUUCUUUCCUAUUCCUUGGACGGCCCCGCAAGGUCACCUGCCUCAUCCAGCAUGUUGCGUUUGGCAUCAUCUUCACUGUGGCAGUUUCUUGUGUGUUGGCCAAGACUGUCACUGUGAUUAUUGCUUUCAUGGCCACCAAACCAGGAUCCAAUAUGAGGAGAUGGGUGGGAAAAAGACUGGCCAACUUCAUUGUCCUUUCCUGCUCUCUCAUUCAAGCUAUCAUUUGUGUUGUAUGGCUUGCCAUUGCUCCCCCAUACCCAAGGUUGGACAUGAAAUCCCUGACGAGUGAGAUAGUAGCAGAAUGCAAUGAAGGAUCUGCCUUCAUGUUUUAUUUUGUCUUGGGCUACAUGGGACUUCUGUCCAUCAUCAGCUUUGUAGUGGCUUUCCUAGCUAGAAAAUUGCCAGAUACUUUCAAUGAAGCCAAGUUCAUCACUUUCAGCAUGCUCAUGUUUUGCAGUGUUUGGUUGACCUUUAUCCCAACCUAUUUGAGCACCAAAGGCAAAUACAUGGUAGCCGUGGAGAUCUUCUCCAUUUUAGCCUCUGGGGCUGCCCUGCUUGCCUGUAUCUUUUCUCCAAAAUGUUAUAUUAUUCUGUUCAGACCUGAGCUGAAUAAUAAGGAGGGAUUAAUGAGGACAAAGAAUAAGCCAUAA